GGUGGUGCAGGACUCGCUUCUCUGUGACCUCCCGAUCCAGGUCACUUUGGAAGAGGUCAACUCCCAGAUAGCACUAGAAUAUGGCUAAGCGAUGACAGUCCGAGUGUGCAAGAUGGAUGGAGAAGUCAUGCCUGUGGUGGUGGUGCAGAAUGCCACAGUCCUGGACCUGAAUAAAGCCAUACAGAGAUACGUGCAGCUUAGGCAGGAGCGCGAAGGGAGCAUUCAGCACAUCUGUUGGACCUAUGUGUGGAAGACAUACCAUCUGACUUCUGGAGAGAUGCUCACAGAGGACAAGAAGAAACUCUGGGAAUACAGUUUCCGCAAUUGGGAGGAGGUAUCCUUCAUCAAAAAGCUAAGGCAGAAGUGAACUCUAGAAAGAGCU